GUAAGAAGGAAAGAGGCAUGGAAGGAUGAUCGGAAGUUUCUCUUUCGUAGAGGACGUUUGGAUUAAUCUGAAGGUAGGACACAAGCACUCCCUCGUCUCAUUUUUCUACACAAUAGCAUGAGAAAGUCAUGCCCAACUCAGUCACUGAGUAUGUGUGACUGUGAAUUUACUAGAAUAUGGUCUGGCCAAUGGCAUUCAGUGCAUUAACUACUACAUUCUACUCUUAGGAUUCAGGAUUUGGGAUUGGCUGAACAAUGAAUCCCCAAUCUUCCAUCAGACUCUUCAAAAAAAUUCUAAUUUUGGAAAUUAUUGGAGUUCUGGGGGCAUAUUCUUUGUAUUACAAGAUGAAAUCGAGCGAAGAUUUCAGACAUAAAAUGAAGCGAAGGUGGCCAUCUGUUUUGGAAGUUUAUUACAAGAGUAAUGAGUGGGCUGGUAUUUAUGGACUCAAAGAAUUGGAUGAAGAGAAAUGGCUUACAAAAAAACCCUAAAGUGGUUUGUGCCUGAACUUCUUUUUCUGCCUGAUGAUGCUUUUCACGUCUUUAUUGUGAAUCCACUUGUCCCGUUCUGCCUCCCACUUGAGCUGUUUGAGAUCUAACAGAGGAAGACAGUGAAUAAAUUAGAUAAGUCAAUGGAAUAAGUUCACACUUUAAACUUGAAAGCAGAGUUUUCUAUUUGGAUGCAAAGUAUCUGUAAGGCAAGACAUUCAAAAUAUCAAACCACAAAUACUCUUGUUGCAUUUUUUCAUUAAAAAAAGUGUGUAAAAGGUAUUUUAAAAGGCUUCAUUUUUUGUUUUGUUUGUUUUUCAGCAGGCUCUUCAAUAUUAUUGCACAUUUCCACAUAUUUUGUGUCUUUUCAUAAUAUAUCUAAAGUAAACAGCUCAGUAUAUUUAAAAAACAGUAACAGAGGUCUCAGCAGUUAUGCUUUGGGGCAAUUGCUUUUUCAUGUGCGAAUAAUUUUAUGAAGCAAACUUUUUACAUUCUAUCUCUAUAUAGAAAUAUUACAGACUGAAUAUAGGAUUGACCUUAUUUUGGAAGCUAAAGAAAUUUAGCCAAGGCUCCCAGUGGAAUAAAGAGCAGGAUACCAAUCCUUAUAUAUUUCUAUGUAUGUUUCAUCUAACCAGCAUUUAUAAAGAAGUAUUUUAUAUGCUAAGUAAAAGAUUAAGCAUAAUAAAGAAUCAGGCAUAAAAGGACUGACAGUAGCAGGAUCAUUAAAAUUCCAUUUAACAUGAUAAAUGGAAGCCUCUCAACAGCAGGAUGCUGUUUUCACGAAAGUUAUCUAUAUAUUUUUUAGAAAACUUAAUAUGGCUGCCUACUCACUUUCAGUGACUCUAGGCAGCUUACAAAAAAUAAAAAGUAAAAAUAAGUGCCAAGGCACUAACAAGCAGUUAGCAACUACCUUAAGUACUUCCAUCCAUUUUCCUUAGUCCUAAUAAACACUAUAGGAUCACUCCUAGCAGUUUUCAGGAGUCAACAAUAUCAAACCAACCCAACAAUAAUGGCUCUGAUCAGUAAGAAUGUUUACAGUAUGUAUGCCCUGUUGAGGUGGGAUGUCAAAGAUGUUCAUAUACAAGUUACUUACUUGCAUUAUCUUUGUUGGCCAUUGCAUUUAUUCCAAUGUUGUCAAACUUGGAUCCAAUAUUUUCAUCCAGCAACUGACCAAACUUUAAAAGAAAUGCAAACACAAUUAGAUCUCCGAAUGCUUUCAAAUCAAACACCAUUUAACAGAUACUAAAAUGAAUACACCUACUUCUUCUGCAGCAGCAGCACCAGUAUCUUUGAGUUUUCUUUUUCUUUUCUUUGACCCUUAAAAGAAAAAGAGUAUUCAGCAAUUGCUUCUGCACAGUUUUACAUAAAGCAAGCAUUCACUGUUGUUGGUAUAACAAAGUAGUGGCCAAAGAAUCAAUUGAGGCUGGAGAGAACUGAUCUGAAUUGGAUAGAAAUAUUGUACAAUGAACAGUUCCAGUUUCUUAACUCUAUAACAUCCUCAUUUACAGAACCUACCACUUUCCACUGGUUUGGAAGGAAUACAUUUAACAAUAGAUUAUAAAUUUCCAUGUUUCUCCCUCACUGAAAUUCUUACUUUUUAGAAAGUUGGUGUUACAUCAGCCACUCUGAUAUAAAAAUUGGAUUGAUUGGUAAAUUGUUUUAUAAUGGAAUUAGAAACAACAUUCAUUUUAACAAAAUGAAUGUGGGGUUCAAUGAAGUUAUAUUGCAGUGCAAAAUUUGGGGUUACUUUCAUUUAAAGACUUCAUAUAAUAAAAUUAAAUCCCUUAUUACCUUCCAAAUGUCAUUAAUAUAAAUCCCUGAUGCAGUCUAAAACUGCUUGUGAUUGUGCACUGGAAAGAAAAUAAUUCUGGUAACUUGUGUUAAUCCCUUGGUAUUUUGACAGAAACAUGAAUUUCUCAUGCUUCUUAUUUGUCAAGUCUUAAAAGUAUUACUUUUACCUAUAUUACCUUUAACUGAUCCAGCAAAAUCCAUUUCUUUUUUUCUUUUGCCAUUCCUACUGCCAGGUGUGAUUGCAGUGUCAUUAUUUUCAUCUGUUAACAAAAAGAAGAGCUAAUAAAACUUGUAUUACAUAAUAAAAUUGAAAAUUACAGCAUGAAA